UCGUUUUUCCCAGGUCGCGCCGCGGAAAAUCCCCACGAGUCGACCGCCGCUACCGUGCCGGCACCAGCACCGGCAGCAGUGCCAUUCGAUCCGUGACCGUCACACGUGCGCCGCACCCAGCCCCGUCAUCGUCAUGUUCGAAAUCGGCGCCCUAGGCCGGGGCCCGCGUCGCGACCGCAUGUGCCGCCGCCACGGACUACGAGCGUCCGACCGCCGCCGUUAGCUGCCGAGGUUGGAUCGGAGGGCGCAUAUGGGCCCUGCCUCGCCGUCGCUGGUCCUCCGCAGCGGUUACAAUACAAUAAUAAUUACGGUUCGUAUAUUGUACAGUCGAACAUCUGCACCGCGGCCGAGUACGUCACAUACUUUUAGCACAUCACGGUGUCAUCGUAGUCAUCACUAUCAGCACUUGCAACAGCAAUAGUUAUGACGACUUACGCGGUGGCUGUAAUAAGCUGGCUGAUGGUCACGCUAUUGAUCAACUGGACCGUCGUCAUGCCGACGCUGUCCUGUCGCAUAUCCGAAUUCAUGUGCAAGUCAACUGGCGGAUGCAUUCAGCUGGACGAAUUCUGCGACGGAAAGUACGACUGUCCCGACAGGUCGGACGAACCGCCGUCCUGCACUGCUUGCAAUAGGACUUAUUACGGUGAAGUAGGAAAAUCUUACAGACUGUCUGUGAAGAAAAUACAAAAGGAAAGACCAUUCCUGUGUCACUUGAGUUUCACUGCGAGCGGACAAGAACAUGGAGACUUUGUGGAACUGAUCUUCGAGGAGUUCCGGUUGGGCACGCUGUACCUGGGCGAGUGCAUAAGUGGCGAGAUGCAAAUACUCGAACUCGGCCGGCCCUACGUGGGCGGGUCGUGGUGCGGCCACGGGCCCACGGACGGCGCCGCGCCGGCCGUCUACUACAGCGAGGCGGGCACGGUGACGCUCACUCUGCGCGUACCCGUCAGCGGGCUGUACACGACUGUGCCGUUCGCGUUCGGUCUGCGGUUCAAGUUCCUGAACAACCGACAGGCGUCGGUGAGACUGGGCACGGCGGCCGAGCCCAAAGAGCGCGGCGAGCUGGUGCCCGGCACGCACUGCAGCCGCAAUUUCUACGAGUGCUACCGCGGCAACAGGUGUUCGCUGCAGUCGCCCAACUACCCGGGCAUGUACCCGCGGAACGUGACGUGCCGGUACACGGUCCGGCAGAAGGUGGUGCCCAAGUGCAAGCACGCCAUGGUGUCGGUGACCCAGGGCCGGGACGGCUCGGCGCUGACGGGCCCGCACGGCAGGUGGUCGUCGGGCGGCGGCAAACAGCAGGGGGGGCAGCAGACGGCCGGCGGCGGCAAUCGCCCGGUCAACGGGACGGCCAUCAUACGCGUGAACGACAUGUGCAGCGAGAACGAGGACAGGCUGGUGUUCCACGACGGGCCGUCCGAGGACGAUCCGGUGCUGUUGCGGUACUGCGGAGGGCCGGCGCUGCCCCGGGUGGUGGCCAGCGGCCCGGCCAUGCUGGUGGUGUUCAAGUCGUGGGUGCACAACUCGCCGGCCACGUUCUCGUGGCCGCCGCCCGUGUCCCGGUUGCGGAGCUUCGAGCUGGACGUGCGCAUAGCGUUCGUGGACUCGGACUCGCUGGACUACGCCAAAGGGUCGGUUUGCGAGUUCACCGUCAACGCGUCGGCCACGCCCAAGUCGCGGCGCGGCGUGCUGGUCAGUCCCCGGCACGCGGUGCCGCCGAACAGCACGUGCACGUACCGGUUCCAGGGCCGGCCCGACGACCGCGUGUGGAUGUACUUCGAGAGCUACGGUCACCGGAGCACCGGUCACUUCCUCACGUUCAAGCCGUGCCCCACGCGCCUCCGGAUAUGGGACGGCGCCGGCACGCUGCUGGGCGACCACUGCGACACGCCCAGGCUGUGCGAGCACAUCGCCGCCUCGUCGUCGUCGUCGUCGUCGGCGCAGCCCAACGGCACGCGGCCCAAGAGGCCGUGCACGCCGGACGAGAGCUACCUGUCGAGGUCGCCCAGCGUCAUACUGCAGGUGCACACGGUGCUGGGCACGGUGCUGGAACCGUUCGGGUUCCGGCUGCACUACGAGUUCGUGGACAGCGCCGUGUACGACCGCGAGACCGGCGGCGACGAGUGCGCGGUGGAGCACCGGCGGGUGCGCGAACCGCUGGACCUGACGGAACCGCGGAACGUGUUCCUGUACGGCCGGGGCGGCGCCAAGAGCCUGGACUGCGUGUACCGGCUGCACGCCGAACCCGGUUACCGGUUGCAGGUGGUGGUGCGGAACGCGUCGUUCGGGUCGCGCGAACGGCCCCCCCUGCAGCCGGCGGCCGUGGUCGACGCGGUGACCGGCAAGUACUCGUGUCCGCCCGGCGACGGCGGCCCCCGGCUGGCGGUCAGCGAGGUGUACUGGCGGACGGUGCGCGUGGAGCGCGGCUGCUUCGGCCAGAACUUCACGGAAGCCGCGCUCGGCACCGCCCAGGUGACGUUCGACGCGUCGUCGGACCGCGUGGAAAUCCGGUUCCGCGUGCCCGGCCUGUCCGCGGCCGACGACUUUUCCAACACGUACUUCAACGCGCACGUCCGCGCGAUCCGGUGGCCGGCCUGUCCGCGCAAGCAGUGGGUCCGCGGUUCCGGCGGCGAGAUCGAGCUCGCCCAUCCGCCGGCCUCGCGGGACGACCUGCACUGCCGCGACGUGCCGUGGCUGCUGGAGGCCCGGCCCGGCCACAGCAUGUUCGUGCAGACGUGGGGCCGCUUCCUGCCGGUCAACGCUUCGGCGGCCGCGGCCCCGGCGUGCCGGACCCGGAACCGGAUGCUGCUGUACGCGGUCCGGCCGGACGUCCGGCUGGUGGGCAACGUGUGCCCGGCCGAGUCGCGCGACGACCGCCGCGACGCGCUGUACGUGUUCUCGGACGAGUGGACCGACUUCGUGCCCGACGACCAGCAGAACCCCAGCUUCAUGGUGGAGUUCGUGGCCCGGGACCCGGGCACGAUGGCGUUCAAGUGGCUGGAAGUGUCUAAACCGUCGGCGAAACCGGCGCGCGGCAGCGGCGGCGGCACCGGGUCGGUCUCCAACAGUAACCGGUCGGCGGCCUUCGGCUCGCGCGCCUCGUUGGGUUGCGCGUACGGAUGUCCGGAGCUGGAGGCGUGCAUCAGCCCCACGCUGUGGUGCGACGGCCACCGGAACUGUCCGUCGGGCGUGGACGAGGCCGACCUCGAGUGCCAGACCAAGUGGCCGUCGUUCAAGGUGCUCCGGUCGUACGGGCUGCCCGUGGUCGGCGUGGGCCUGGCCGGCGUGGCGUUCGGCGUGCUCGUGUGCGUCUACUGCCGGCGGGAACCCGACUACAAGCACUACGACGAACCGGAACCGGCCACCGAGAACACCACCAGGUCGUGUUCGACGAUCGCCUCCUGACAGCAGUCCUCGGUCGACACCGUUGACGUGAUCGACCGAGAGACGUGCGUUUGAAGGAAUAUAUUCGGCGAAAAAUCGCUCUUGCUCAAGCUGUACGCCGCCGUCGGUGUUGUUUGAUUUCUAUACGUCUAAUAUUAUUAUUAUUGUUCUUUAUCGCUCUGUCGUUUCGCGCCAGCGACGUUUUGUCCACUAUAACGGUAUAGGUGCCUUAUGUAAUAAUAAUAUUGUUGUAACGAUGCGGAGUCGUAUUAUAGCUGGUUGGUAUAUAGAUAGAAUUGGUUUGCGCGGAAAUCAAGAGUUGCGUGCAGGAUGACGACGUGGGGAGGAGGUGCUCGGCAAGUCUCUCCCGUGAAAGCGAACGAACGAACAAUAAUUUUCGUAAUAUUAUUUUCCUUUAUUGUGUAGGUAGAAUUGUCGAAACGGACGUAGAAAAGUUAUAUAUAUAUAUAGAGGAUGUAAGGUAUAGAAUAUUUUCUUAGCGAUAUCGGUAUAGGCGAAUAGAGAUAUAUAUCUUUUGACUGAAGAAAUUACUUAUAAUUUCCACGACGCGCUCUGCGAACGGCGACCGACUGCAGUCGAUAUUUACAAAAAACAAAUUACAAAACCUACGAGAAUUCCGGUUCGAAACAAAUUCGUUGUAAUUUAUGUAGACAUAUACGAUUAUAACCGAUUCUGAACGAGUGAAAUGGACGGUUUUAAUAAAUAUAUAAAAUCAUGUGCAGGUCCGGAGGGACAUUUUUUCGCGAUUUUUUUGAACCUUUGGGUACAUAGUUAAUUAUUAUAGUGAAUUGAACGCUGAACGUAAACGAUUUGAUCGAAUUCCCGUCUGGACGCCAACUAUAUAGUUUAUUGCGGAACACUCGUCGCUGUAUCUAAUUAAUAAUUAUAAAGUAUUUGAAAAAAAGAUCCAAUUGAAAGGAUUGAAAGCGAUGUAAAUUCACGAGGGCGUUAAAUGUUGUACGCGGCAAGUUGACCGUGUCCAAAUAGACGCCUACCAGUUACCUAGGUACCUAUAUUGUAUUUUCUUUUUCAUAAAAUCAUUAUAUUAAUAUCGAUCGAUAUAGAACGUAGAUGGUUUCGAAUUUUGUCAUGUAGACGGGAAAACACGCACGUCAACGUAUUGAGUUGAUAAAAGUCUAACAAGUAAUAAUUUUAAAGAAAAGUAUAUAAAUAUUUUUAAAUAAUUUUCAACCAUUCGUCUUUUCGAAUAUAGACCAACAUUUAUGUAUUAUAAUAAGAUAAUAUUACAGUGUUCAAUAGAAAUUUUAGCACACUGUUUAGUAAAUAAAUAAAGAAUUAUUAAAUUUGCGCCAAAUUAAUGUGAUACUGCCUUGACAUUUUUUUUUUUUUAUAUAUAUAUAUAUAUAUUAUAUAAAAUAAUUUAUUAUUAUCACCAUAAGAAAUAGAAUUUUAUUGAAUUUUUGUCAAGGCGAAAAAAAAACCUUUACAAAUAUUGUAAAAAGUAUAUGUAUAAUAUACAUACAUGCACACACAAUAUUAUGUUAUAUUAUUGUCAUUUAACAAUGUAUACUAGUGUUACCAUAGUAUUUAAGAAAAAGCACAAGUGUAAUGAUGUAUUCCUUUAGUUUUUAAUAAUAAAUUAUAAUAAUAUGCACUGUUAUAAUAAAUUUAAAUAUUUAGAAAUAGAUAGAUACAUUAUAUUUCUAUGAAUAUAAAGCAAUAUAUUUAAUUAUAUUAUAUAAACUACAAAGUGGAAUAUUCAAAAAUUUAAUAAAAAAAAAAAAAAACAA